AUGCGCUUCGAUGCCAUCCUUGGGGCCUUUCUGAAAAGCGGAAUGGGCUUCAAUGGACAUCCGUCAGAGGAGCUCGUUUGCGAGGUGCUCCGUGUUCUGCACGAUGUCUUGCUGCUUCACCAGGAGCUUAAAGGUCCCGUGGAGAAACUCCGGGACUUGUUGCAGUGCUCUGAACUGAAAGUGCUCCUGGGAGUGCUCCGGUGUUUGGCUGCCUGCCCACCAAGCCGGCACUUGCAAGCUGGCCACGCUGCCUCCCUAGAAAGGCGGCUGGAGGUGCUCGCUUGCGGAGGCGGAUACCUGGAAACGGGCAGCUUUCGUGAUGCUUGCACGUCUGAGGACUAUGUGUUGGAAGACUUUCGUGCGGACGGUGCAGGGGAAGGAGACGCGCAGCCGUCGGAGUUCAAGGCUGGAGCUGAUUCUGGUGACUUCGAAGAGCUGAGAAGACAGCUGGAGGCUCAGCGGGGAGAGCCCUCGGCAGCUUUUCCUGAGCAGCUGUUGCAGCUCCGGCUUUGGUGUCGAGCGCGGAGCCUGGAGGGGCGCAGAGAGGUUGUUGCUAUCGCGUUGCUGGCAAUCUGCAACGUCGUGAAGCACAUCCGUGCCUUUGUCCUGCAGCAAUACUUGCAGAAAAGGCCUGGGCUUCUCUCAGAGCUUUGCGAAAUGCUGCAAUCCCUUCAGUCCGUUGGGACUGACGCAGGCAUAGCCGCCUUGAGAGUCACUGCCGCCUUCUUGGAUGCACGCUUCGGCCAAAGUCGAUCUGAAGCGUCGCAACUGUCCCAAAUGCUGGGCCUUGCCCUCCCCCACGGCAUCGUCGCAUGCGCACUUCGGGGCCUUCUCGGGCACCGACCAGCAGACGACCAGUUAGAGGCCCACAACGCUGUUCUCUCGGCAGCCUUGGACCUUUUCCAGAUCACCACAGUCAACAACCAUCAGAGCUCUGCGCAACUAGGGCAUGCCGGCAUGAUCCUUGCAAUGCUGGAGCUCAUGCAAAGAACUGAUGUUCCCUCGCUAGCAGCAGUGGCUUCCAUGCUGCGAUGUCUCGAACUCGCAGCAGAGGUUUCCAGCACAGCAGCUUUGGUCCUUUUUCGCGAUUUCAACGGCCUCCAGGCGUUUUCGUUGCGCCUGCAACGAGAAGUCGAACUCCUGAUGGUUUUGGAAUUCACCGGCGAUGCCUUGGAGAUGGAGCCGCCGCCUACAGCGGCACCGCCAGAGGAGCGGCAGAGGUUUCGUGCGCUGCUGGAGGAAGUGACCGCUAGGAGACGGCUCUGUCGUCAGCUGCUCAAGAACAUUCAGACAGCGCUGCAGUGCUCGGAGGUCUUGCAGGCUGGCCUUGCCAACAUCUUUCAGGGUCCCAUGAUGGAUGCCUUGAAGGUCGCAGUGAAGGCGCCUGUGAGAGUGGGAUUGUCUCUCUUCGGCACAGCAAUUGACAUCGUGUCGAGUGUCAUCCAAGAUGAUCCCUCCAGAGUGCCGCAACUGAUAGAAACGAACGUUUUGCCCGCAGUGCUGGGCGUUCUCAGCAAGGAGACGAUGCGAAGCACGGAGUGCCUGUCCUUCGUGCCCGGCAUCCUGGCCUCCGUCGCCUUGCAUGCCGUGGGUGAAGACUUCAUCCUGGGUCUCGCAUCGAAGCCCGUCCAACUUGUCAUCGACGUCCUUGUGGAUCCCAGCUUUGUGCCGCUUCUCUACUCGCAGCCGGAGCUUAUCCAGAUCAUGAGCACGCAGAUGGACAAGGUGUUGAGAAAUCGUCCAACAGGGAUGUGCAAGCUGACGGAGCAUGUGGUCGAAAGUAUGUUGUCCAGCCUGCGCGCCAUUCUCGAGCAGGCCAAGGCCUAUCCGGAUUGGACACCUUGGGAUCUAGAGGACCACACAGGUUACUUACCAGAUCGGCUUGCGCCUUUCAGCCGAUUCUGCUGGUCGCUGCUAUCCACGAACGAGCACGUUCUCAAAUGCUUUAUCGAGAAGCAGGGGCUGUCUCUCGUUCGAGAUAUUCAAGAGUUGCCGUGCCUCCCAUAUUUCUUUACAUCGCUCGAAGGUCAGCAGCAUCCAGUUGCCAGCCUCUUCAACCUACAGGCAAAGUGCGAAGAUGGUGGUGCGGCGGUCGGAGCAGAGCUUAAAGAAAUGCUGUCCACCAAUCUGGAGAAGGUGCUGCCAAUCUUGAAGGAAUGCGCGGCUGGUGAUCCCCAUGUGGUGAUGUCAUCCAUGGAAACUUCGCACGUCCUCGCCUUCCUCCAAGCUCUCAGCAGAGUCUGCUCAGUGCUUGAGGACCUCCUUUCCAUCGCACGCGAAGGCAGCUCAUUGCAGGUCAUGGAGGCCGUCCGACAGUUUCUGGUGGACCUGGCACCCUUGGCGGCGCUCAUCUUCGUCGUUGCGGCCUGGCAACCGCAUGACCGAGAGCGCAUGCCUCCCACCGCAUGCUACCAUGAGAGCACCAAGCAAGUCUUCACGCCAAGCUCCAAAGAAGAUGCCGCUAGCAGCGCAGGCUCUGUGCAACAGGGCGGAGGCGGAGGCGAAAAAGCAGGCGAUAAAGGAGGCGAAUCGCCCAUUCUUCGGGCUGCUCGGGUCGGCUUUCGGCUGACUUGCAGGACUUUGCGUCAGCUGAUGCAGCUGUCGUCCAAACUCCAGACCAGAGUGCGACGAGAAGCAUCGGCUGUUGUCCCCUUCACGAUGGCGCGAUGUUUAGCACAGGUGGCAAAGGCUGUUCUGGUCGCCCCACGGCCGCCCAGCUCGCCUGUUGCCUUGCGAUGGGUUGCCGAGGUCUUUGACUUGCUGCAGAAGAUGCAUGAGGAGCAGAACAAAGUUGCCCUUCGAAGCUUAGCACUCUGUGCCUUCUACCAGGCUGGUUGCUUCGAGUUGCUGCAGCCCCUGAUUCAGAUGUCCUUGGAGAAGAUCGGUGAUGGCAAGGAGGACCUGGCGGCUGGCACAGCUUUGUCUGCGGCCCUUGGCUACUUCGAGAAAGUAACCUCGACACGAAGGUUUGCAAAUGCAUACCUCAGAGACGAGGCAAUGAUGUCCAAGGAGAUGCUUUGCAAAUCCAUCCAGGCAGAGGCUCUGCGUUGCCUGCUCCCCGUCUGGCGCCACCCUCAAUUCGCGAGUUUCCCGCGCUCCAGCUGCUGCUCCCUUCUCAAGGUGUGGCUGCAUUUGCUCCAAGAGCCGAAAAGCGAACCCCGCACACCGGAUUGGCACCGGCUGUCCGGCAUCCCCGCCCUUCCGAACAUCGCCGGCAUGCAGCACGUGCAGCACGUACAGCAGGAGAUGGUCAGAACAGCGGAUGGCAACAGGGUGCCAGAUGCUGCGGCCAGCCUUAUGGCCAACGAUCCAGCCAUCAUCGCUGUCAGUGGCACAAGUGUCCCCACCAGCGGAACCACCGGAACCGCCAACACUCCCAGUGCCAGAACCCCCAGUGGUGCAACAUCUGACAGCGUUACAAACAUCCAGGGUACUCUGGUGGAUAUGGGCUUUUCGCGAACGCAGGUGGACGCGGCACAGCGCCACUUCGGAUCCCGAGGCACAGAAGACAUAAGCGAGAUGAUCGUGUGGAUGGUUGCGAACCCAACGGUUGACGGCGAGGUUUCGGAGACACUGCGACAGCCUGUGGUUCAGGAAGAGUUCCAGACCCUGCUGGCAGGCUUGCUGGAUGAUUUGCUCCCGCGGCUCUUGGCCUGCGGACACCAGGUGCAAAAGGCUCUGAAUGCGGUCGUGGACACCAUUUGUUAUGUCGCAGAAAACCCAUCGCCGUUCUGGGAGCGCCCUGGGGACAGCGAUUCCAACGGCAAGGCUGUCAUACGUGCCUGUGUUGCCGAAUUGGGAGAUGCAGAUGGUCAGCCAAGUUCUGAGACGCUCAUCUGCGUGACGCAGGCUGGGAAGACGUGGUGGCUUGUUCAUGAAGGGGUGGAGAUUCAGGAGACCAAGUCCUCGUCGAGGCGCCGGCAGUGGCGGCUGCAACGGGAGAAGAAGCUCCUCCAGUUUCUGGAAUGUCACGGAUUUUCUUCCGAUGUGUGCGAACCGCGGGCGCCCGCUGGCUGCAUGCUCUUCCGGGUCGAGACGCUCUACCCGAUCCAUGUUGCAGCCGAGAAAGGCGAGUGUGAGGUGGUGCGCAUGCUCAUAGCAGCAGGAGCCGACCCAUCUCAGCGCACUUCUCGUGGGCGCACUGCUGUCGAUUUCGCCGUGAAGUCGAAGUCACCGCACACUCGCCAAGUGCUGGAGCUGCUGCGCAGCCAGGGCCGUGUUCUGUGCCUUCGAGAUGCGGUGAACAUGAUGCAGAACCUCGACAACUAA